AUUUCUUUCACAAGUUAAGAAAGUGUUCAGAGUUAAGUGUGCAGUAUUCUUUUGUCAGAUCAAUUUCAACAGGUUUUGCAAAUCAAUAGUCGUUUGCCUCAUCCGUUUUAUUAAAACUCGGAAUAUUGUUACCCUUGACACGCAAUAAUUUGGAUACUCUGCUUAAUUCUUGAAGAGAUAAAGAGUCGAAAUGACGCGAGCCAUUCUAUUUAUUGUAAUUUUAUGUUUUGUUUCAAAAUCUUUUGGCAAAACCUUUUCAGAAUGUGAUUUGGUCCGGGAAUUGAGAAAACAAGGUUUCCCUGAACAUGAACUAAGAGACUGGAUGUGCCUGAUUGAAGCGGAGAGUAAUAGGCGUACCCACGUCGUUGGCGGUUCCAAUUCGGAUGGGUCUCACGACUUUGGACUGUUUCAAAUAAAUGAUCGCUACUGGUGCAACAAUGGCGAACACCCUGGCAAGGAAUGCAACAUACGUUGCAAAGAUCUCCUGUUGGAUGACAUCACAAUAGCAUCAAAAUGCACUAAGAAAAUAUUUGGUGUCCAUGGUUUCAACGCUUGGGUCGCAUGGGUCAACAAAUGCAAAGGAAAAAACCUUCGCCCACUUCCCUGUUAACGUGUAAUGGCACGAGGAUUUUAAAUUUUGUAUUUCAUACACAAUAAAUUAGAAGCACACUAACUAACCGAUAGGUUUAUAAGCUUUAUUCAUCCUACACCUGCAUUAUCAGGUGUCAAAUAAAAAAGAAAAGCUUGACGCCACUGAAACAUAGAUCAAACUAUUAAGAUUUGUUAAAAAUAAAUGUAGUUGCUCGAUAAU